UAUUAGGUCACUUUCGACUUGAAAUUGGGAGUAAUUGAACUAUUUCGGAGUCGGAUCGGGUCAAGGUUGAAUUCAUUCUGUGCACUCUGUACUCAACCACUGAAACCCUGCUGCUCAAAUGGCUCGGAGGCAAUUUACAUCAAUUAAUUCCCGAUUUUUGUCAACACCCUCUUAUUUUGCUUCAGAUUUCAGAAGCUUUUCUUCUAAAUCAACCCCUUAUGAAGUGAAAGUUGGAAUACCAGAGUUCUUGAAGGGCGUUGGGAAAGGGGUGGAAAGCUAUGUCGAGAAGCUCGAAAAUGGGAUUGGUGAUUUUCAGAAGCUGCUCGUUACUCGUACCCUCAAGCUCAAGCAACUUGGCGUUGAAUCUUGCAAACAUAGGAAACUGAUAUUGAAAUAUACCCACAAAUACAAGUUGGGUCUGUGGAGGCCUCGAGCUGAACCUAUGAAGACUCAGUGACUUCAAGAAUAUGUUCCUCCACAGUCAUUGUUCUCUGAAAAUCAAGUUUUAGAAUUUUGGGAAUCUCGUGUAGUCUGAUUGUUCUAUUUAAUCUCAUGCGAAUGAUUAUCUCUUAAUUGUUUGGGAUACAAUUUUGCUGCAUGUUAACAAAGAUUUGAUUACUGAGCAAAGAGAAGUAGAGAAUCAUUUGGAA